ACAAAAUGUAAAUAAAAAUUUGCAUAAUAUUAAUUAAAAAAAACAAUUCAGGUUGUAGAAAACAGGACUUUCAGUUUCGAAAAAAUAUGAUUAUUCACAUUUUGUUUAUGUGCACUUUGUUUGUUUGUUUACUCUAAUAGCGCACAACUGGAGAUAAACACGAUAAAUAAAGUUUCCGCAACGUGCCUGCGUAAAGUAAUAACGGUCAAUAACUGGAUGCUCGCUUUUACUACGGCCGCUGCACAAAUAAUAAGUUUUCUUUGUGUGGCAGUAGUGAGCUGACGUCAGGUCGGUUCCUUGAAGUGGAGCUGAAUAAACCUUGAGAAGAGUCUCCUUCAAUCUGCUGUUAGUAACUAACACACACACACUGAGACUCAAUUACUGCCCAAUUCCCUUCUUUAUCAUUCGUCCCCGACCUCUUUCGCAGCCAAAACCGAGCAAGGGGGAAAAAGGCGAGGAGAAGACGAGCCGAAGUGUUAUUCGAACUAAAAACCCAGGCUGGAGAUAAGUAAAGUGUCGAAACUAAAACAAGGUGUUACAGCAGUUAUGUCAAAGAGCUGAAGACAUCUCUAACAAUAUGGAGUCUGGAGAGCGGCUGGCCUCCCCUGCGCCCACCCUGUCUGCUGCUCGCACCUCCUCCCCUGCGGCCUCAUCUUCCUCCGCUUCUUCUUCUUCGUCAUCCCCCGCUCCCCACUCUAAGAGCAGCCUGGCCCCGAGCCCCUCAGCACUGGGAUCCACCCUCACCACGUCUGGCCGUCUGUUUGGAGCAGCAGGAGAGCAGCCAUUUAUUGGCUCCACGUUGUCAAGUGCCUUCCCUCUGGUCAACCACCCAGCCUUUGGAGCCCUCUACACUGCUGGAGCAGGCAGGCCUGAGUUUGGAGGCCUGGGCUCCCUGGGCAUGUCAACCGCUUUGGCUGCUCACCCCCAGCUAGGAGCCCUUUCUGAGUGGUGGCGAGCUGCUGAAGCCCAUGGACGGGGAACUGCUGCUUUCCUCCCUUCCUUCAUUGGCUUCCCUCCUUUCUUCACUCCUCACAUUCAGCCCAACCACAGCGCUAGUCCUGUCCAGAUCAGGAUGCCAGGCAAGAACAGUCACGCCCCACCUAAAGGGCUGAAUGGGGCAGUGAAUGGCAGUGGUGUCUGUCCUCCCACCACGCAGUCAGGGAGCUUCUCUGCAAAUCCGGCCUCUGUCCAGGCACCAACCAAGCCGACCAAAACUUCAGACACCACCAACACUCACCGUAGCAGUCCUCAGAACAAUCCAGCAGAAUUGGUGGAAAAAACGAUCCAGAAACCUAAAGAGAAGAAGCCACGAAAGAAGCCGGCAGACAAUUCUGUUGCCAGCAACAGUGAAUCAGGAACAUCCUCAGACAGCUCGAGUGAUGGAUCCCUCAGCAGCGAUCUGGAAGACUUGGCAGAGGAUGAUGAGGAUGACGAGGAUGAGGAUGAGGAAGAUGAGGAAGAGGACAAACAGAGUGAAUUAUCUGACUCUGAGAAGAGGGCAAGGAAGAUCUCAAAGGUUCUGAUACCCAGCUCUGGAACCUCAAAGAAUGACAGGCCCGUCUCUGGGGAGCACCGGGACAAGAAAGACACCAAGUCCCCAAAGGUCCCCUCCAACCCCCCGACCCUUGUGCCCCUACCUUGCUCUGUCUCCCCUCCUGCCUUGUCCCAAAACUCGCCACUGGCCCUGCACAGCUCCAGGUCCCGGACAGAGGGACCACAGCAGCACUUCAGUGUGAUUCAGUCCACUGGUCUGGCUGCUGGCUCAAAGCCCCUGGCACUCCUCACCCAGCCCCGCAGGGAGUCUUCACCAUCUUCCUCACCGAUAGCCCUCACCACGUCUCCAAAGGCACCUGCCAGCAGCGCAUCUCCCAAACCUCCUAAACUGGUGCCCUCCUCACCCCCCCAGCACCUGCCCCUCUCCCUCUGCUCCUCCCCGAAGCCCUUUUCUGUUCCCUCGCCACCCCGCUCAACUCUUCCUCUGUCUACCUCCCCCAAACCUUUUGGUUUGACCUCAUCUGUAACAAGCUCCCAGAAGUCCUCACUGAAGCCACCUCAGCACGCAGUCCUUGGCGCUGCCAAAUCCAACAAAAGAAAACUGCUGGAAGCCUCACUUGCGCAGAUCAAUGAGUUCAGGCUCAAACAGACUCUCAUGUCCCAGGGGCAGACUUUCCCAGCUGACCAAAAGAAGCAGAAGCAGAGGCCAAACAAGUCUCCAAAGCGGACAUCCCUGUCCUCAUCACCAUUGCCACCUGCUCCACCUCCUCCGCCCCAAAACAAUCACUCCAACCUCUUCCUCUCGAGUGCCCUGCUGGGGCUUCCUGAACCACACCACCCCAAUGGAGUCAUCCAAAGUACCACUCAGGACGCACCUUUGGCCCUCAUCACCAAACCUCGCAAAAACUCUGCCUCUCAAGGUAAGUCCUCUCAGUCUGACUCUGAUGCUGGAUCAAUGCCUGUCAACCUGAGCACAGGGGCAAGUAGGACCCCAGCAACUACCCAAGCUGGGCCUCUGCCACAGCCUCCCACUACCUCACCUAGUGCCACAGGUCAUGGAUCCAGAAAGAGCAAGGCCCUCAAGGGUAAAGGACAUGCACCAGGGCUUGGACAGGGACAAGCAGACCCUUUAUCUGCCUGGAAGGGCUUCUCUCAGAACCACUUGGUACAGUCACUGGUAGAUUUGUUUCGCGGAGGAGAGUCUGGGAUCGGAAUACCUGGAGUUAGUAUCCCUGGAGUCGGAAUUCCUGGAGUGGGGAUCCCUGGUACAUGUAAUCCCACAGCCGGUCUGCCUGCUAACAAGGAAUCAGAUGACUCGGGAGAUGAUGACGAUGAUGAUGACGAGGAUGAUGACCUUGAGGAGGAAGAAGAUGAAGAGGAUUCAGAUGAUAGCCUGUCAGAGUCUGACAGUAACUCAGACAGUGACAUCUCUGGGAAGAAGCUGAAGGAGCUAAAGCUGCUGCCGUCUGGAUCAUCUAAGAAGGAGAUGUCUCCCCGCAGGCUAACUAAAGGCCCAGAACUACUGAACACCUCCACCAGUCACAGCACAACCAGCUGCUCCCCUCUCAACCUACAGGUCAUCAAGUCCCCCACCGCUGUGACCAGCUCCAGUGCCUUGGCUUAUCACAGCUCUCCAGGCUCAUCGUCCUACAGCCUAGCAUCUCCAUUAGGCCUGGGGAAGAGGAAGAGGGUGAUGGAUGAGAAGGAAUUGAUGACACCUCUGGAGCUGGGGUGGCGGAGAGAAACAAGAAUCAAAUCUGUGGCUGGGCGCCCACAGGGAGAGGUGGCCUACUACGCCCCAUGUGGCAAGAAACUAAGGCAGUACCCAGAUGUGAUGAAGUAUCUAUCCAGAAAUGGAAUAAGUGGCAUCACGCGUGAUAAUUUUAGCUUCAGUGCAAAGAUAAGGGUUGGUGACUUCUAUGAAGCCAGAGAAGGACCCCAGGGCUUACAGUGGAGCCUGCUGAAGGAAGAGGAGGUCAUCCCUCGUAUUUUGGCCAUGGAGGGUCGUAGGGGCCGCCCGCCCAAUUCAGAACGCCAGCUAACGGGCGAAGGCGGUAAAGGCAGCCGGCGAAGGAAGGGACGGCCCCCUAAUGUGGGCGAUCCACUGGCACCCGAGGGCCCCAGUCCCAGUGAGGUCAAACUUCUGCGCAAACUAGAAGCUCAAGAGAUAGCCCGACAGGCUGCCCAGAUGAAGCUGAUGAGAAAACUGGAGAAACAGGCGCUAGCACGCGCUGCCAAGGAGGCUCGGAAACAGCAAGCUAUCAUGGCAGCGGAGGAGAGGAGAAAGCAGAAAGAACAGCUCAAGAUCCUCAAGCAGCAGGAAAAGAUUAAGCGUAUUCAGCAGAUUCGUAUGGAGAAGGAACUCAGAGCACAGCAAAUUUUGGAGGCCAAGCGAAAAAAGAAGGAGGAAGCUGCCAAUGCUAAAAUAUUGGAGGCUGAAAAACGAAUAAAGGAGAAAGAGUUGAGGAGACAGCAGGCAGAGAUUCUCAAACACCAGGAGUUGGAGAGGCAUAGACUAGAUAUGGUAUGGGAGAGGGAGAGGAGAAGGCAACAUGUAAUGCUGAUGAAGGCUGUUGAGGCUCGCAAGAAAGCGGAGGAGCGUGAACGCUUGCGGCAGGAGAAAAGGGAUGAGAAGCGUCUGAACAAAGAGCGUAAACUGGAGCAACGGAGGCUGGAGCUGGAGAUAGCCAGGGAACUGAAGAAGCCAAACGAAGACAUGUGUCUGUCUGAUCACAAGCUUCUCCCAGAGUUUUCCCGGAUUCCUGGGCUCAUCCUACCAGGACAGGCCGUAUCCGACUGUCUGAUGCUGAUGCAGUUUCUGCGCGGCUUUGGGAAGGUUUUGGGUCUUGAUCUGAAUGCGGAUGUGCCCACCCUGGGCAUGUUGCAGGAGGGUUUGCUCAAUGUUGGGGACAGCAUGGGUCAAGUCCAAGACUUGCUGGUAAAACUGCUUUCUUUAGCAGUCUGUGAUCCUGGCUUACCACCUGGGCAAAAGACUAAAACUAUGCUGGGCGACCACCUGACCAACGUUGGGAUCAACAGGGAUAAUGUGUCUGAAGUCCUACAGAUGUACAUGGGCGCCCAUUGUGCCAAUACAGAACUAGCACCUCUGGCGCUCAGUCUGAAGACCAAGGCCUUCCAGGCCCACACACCUGCCCAGAAAGCUUCCAUCCUGGGCUUCCUGGCUAAUGAACUCGCCUGCAGUAAAGCUGUUAUCAGUGAAAUUGACAAGAACCUGGAUCAGAUGGCAAACAUGAGAAAAGACAAGAUCAUCAUGGAGGGGAAACUGAAGAAGCUGAGGACCAUUUAUGCCAAGCGCACUGGGAAGAGGGAGGCUAGUAUGGGUGCAGAUGAAAACCAGUCCAUUGGCACUCCAUCCUCUGCCGUCAAACGCAAAAGAAAGCUAGGCGGGGACAGCGACGAUGAUGAAGAUGAUGAUGAUGACAGCGAUGACCAGGCCGAGGAGGAGGACGAUGAGGAGGAAGAAGAUAUGAAGAAGGUUAAAAAGGUGGAGACCUAUGAUGAGGAUGACGUUGACCAGGCCACAAGUAUCGAGGAGCUGGAGAAGCAGAUUGAGAAAUUAGCCAAGCAACAUCAUCAAACCCGAAGAAAGCUGUUUGAGAUAUCCCAUUCUCUGCGCUCUAUGAUGUACGGCCAGGACCGUUACCGGCGCCGGUACUGGGUCCUUCCCCACUGUGGAGGAGUCUUCAUCGAAGCCAUGGAGAGUGGGGAAGCUCCAGAGGAACUGGAGGAGGAGCGUCAGAAGAGGAGGAGAGCAGCGGAGGAGGUCAAGGUCAAAGAGGAGCCUCAGGAGGUUGAGCUGCACAAAGAGAAGCCCACAAACGGGCCGAGCAUUUGCACACUAGGCUUGGAGCAACAGGGAGAGGACGAAAAGGAGCACGGCGGGAAGAAAGGCUCCUCGGCUCUCUUCUACCAGCCACCAUCUAAACUGUGCACGCUCCAGGACGCCAGCAAGGAUAUGAGCAAAGACACCGUGAAGGCAGAGGGCAAGGAGAGUCACAGUGUGAGGCAGAAUGGCAGCCCUGGGGGCGCUAAUGCUGCAGCCACCCUAACGUCGUCCUCCCCCACUCAUAACAGGCCGGAGCUGGCAGUACCAACCACCUCCUCCAUGGUGACGAAUAAUGACACUACAAACAUCCCUCCCCCAGCCUCGGCUUCCUUACCUGUACCCUGCUUAGCUCCACGUGAAAGCCCAGGGAACACUCCUCCAACCUCAUCCCCUGCCCCUUCCCCCCACCUCCCAUUCCAAGCCAACGACCAGCUGCUCCGAGUGCUGACGGAGAGGAGUGGACACUGGUUCAGUCUGCUACCACGCAACGCCUGCGACCUCUCUUCCAUCACCACCACUCCUCCAGGAGCACCCCGCCUGUCUCCUCAGGACACCUCCACCCCAGCCAGGCCCAAGUCCCCACCCCCUUCCCCUGCCCUGCCUCUCACACCUUCAGCUGCCUCAGCCUCUGCCAGCCCACACCACCCAGCAGGCCUCCUCAACUAUCCACUAUCAGCCCUCCAGGUUAAGUCAGGUGCUUCGUUGCUAGGAGUUUCUUUUGCGAGCUGGCCCAGUGGUAUAAUAAGUCCCAGCCUGCCUCUGUGCAGCAGCCCCAACCCCAUGCUGGGUCACUCUCUGGAGGGCAACACAGCAGCAAGUAUCUCCAGUAAGAGUGACUCGCCUUUACCUCGCAUUGAGAAAACGUCAUCCAUGCCCUCUCCUGCACUGGAAAUACCCAAAUCCCUUGACCACCCCACACCUCGGCCCAUCCCAGAGGAGAUGCUGACAGGGUGGUGGCGGGUAUCUGAUAUUGAGGAGCUGAGGGCUUUAGCCCAAGCUCUCCACAGUCGAGGCAUCAGAGAGAAGGGCCUCCAGAGGCAGAUGCAGAAGUACAUGGAGAUCAUCCCCCAGGUCUGCACCAAACACAAAGAAGUAGCCAUGAUUGAGCUGCGGGACCUGGAGGAGAGCCAGGUCAGUGUGGAGUCGGUGCGGGGCUGGUGUGUCGAGGAACAGGCCAUGGAGAUGGACAUUGCUGUGCUACAGCAGGUAGAGGAACUGGAGAGAAAGGUCACGGCAGCCAGCCUGCAGGUCAAGGGUUGGACAUAUCCUGACCCUCAGUCUGAGAGGGAGGACCUGGUGUAUUACGAGCACAAGCCCCUGACCACCAAGUCUACUGCAGCCUCAGCAAACGGGGGAGACAGGGACUCCAAGGAGCACCCAGAUGAGCGGGGAGAGAAGGGUGGGGUGAUGCGUCACCUGGACAACCCGUUGGACAUAGCAGUGACACGUCUGGCUGAUCUGGAGCGCAACAUCGAGAGAAGGUACCUGAGGAGCCCCUUAGGUACCACCAUUCAGAUCAGGCUGGAUAAUGUGGGUACGGUCACUGUCCCAGCCCCCGCCCCAUCCACUAGUGCUGACAGGGAAGGUGGCGAGGAGGAGGUGGCCCAUGGCAUGAAGGUGUGGAGGAAGGCCCUGAGCGAGGUGCGCAGCGCUGCCCAGUUGGCCAUGUGUAUCCAGCAGCUGCAGAAGUCCAUCGCCUGGGAGCGCUCCAUCAUGAAAGUGUACUGUCAGAUGUGCAAGAAGGGAGAUAAUGAGGACCUUCUCCUGCUGUGUGAUGGCUGCGACAAAGGCUGCCACACUUACUGUCACAAACCUAAGAUUACCAGUAUCCCAGAGGGAGACUGGUACUGCCCAGCCUGCAUUUCCAAGGCAAGUGGUCCAUCCCCCAAAAGCAAAAAACCUCAGAGCAAACCAGUAGCAUCCAGCGUAGGAGGUGGCAAGAAAGGUGGGGAGACGAAGAAGAACGGGAAGCAGGCAGGUAAUGGGGAUGUGUCUGAGGAUGACUCAGCCAGUGCCAGCAGCACACCCAAGAAGGGAGCAAAGGACAGCAACAGAAAGAGGAAGCCAGAGGAGACCCCCCCUGCUCUGCCAGCGUCCACUCAUGACAGUCCUGGGUGUGUGAAGCGAGCCAAGACGGCUCGAGACAACAACAGGGACCUGGGUCUGUGCAGGGUUCUCCUUGCUGAGUUGGAGCGGCAUCAGGAUGCAUGGCCUUUUCUCACACCCGUCAACCUGAAAUCGGUCCCUGGCUACAAGAAGGUCAUCAAGAAACCGAUGGACUUCUCCACGAUACGUGAGAAGCUUGUGAGCAGCCAGUAUCAAAACCUAGAGACUUUCAUUAUUGAUGUCAACCUGGUCUUUGAUAACUGCGAAAAAUUCAACGAAGACAACUCAGACAUUGGUCGAGCUGGCCAUAACAUGAGGAAGUUCUUUGAGAAGCGCUGGACUGAGCUUCUGAAACAAACUAACUGAAAAUUCAGAUCCUCUCUAUGAACCCAUUCAACCUUUCAUGACGGAGCAUCAGGUUUUUCUUUGGGUUUUAUUUCCUGAUGGAGAAUGCGGCUGUGCGGGAUGGAAAGAGAAGUGAAAAACAUUAAAAAGGAACCCAUGGUGUGCUAAAGGGAGGUGUCACCUUGAAAACAAACAAAGAAACUGUCUUUACCUGAGGUGUGCUGGAUUUAUUACAGCAGGGAUAAAAGCCCCAAAGAGUCCCAGAGAAGUGGGGUGUCAUAGUGCAAUACCAUUCCCUGUCUCAGAACACUGCACUGAAUGAAUCCUCAACUGUCACUGAUGUUUCUGCUCUAGAAUACUUUCCACUACUUGUAAAUAGUCUUUUGUUAUUUAAUCGUAUUAUAGUGAAUGUAUUUAAUUUUGUAAUAAUUAUUUAUGAAUCAAGGUCCACUUCAUUUUCUACGAAAAGGAAGAAUCAACUGAACCGCUUUGAAUUUAAAAAAAAAAAGGAAUGUGUCUUUGUGUUAUAAUUUUUUCACCCAAAUAUCAGACAAAGCCAAGAAAAAAACUGUUUACACUGUUCAGUGCUUUGGGGCAUCAGAGGACUGUAUUCAUUUGUUCAAACUGUAAAACUGCAUUUAUUUACAGGAACAGCAGAGGAACAGUUAGACGAUGGUGAUUCAUGUGUAUAUACUGUUUAUUAAUGUCAAUAUUAUGUCUUGUUUGGAACGAUGUGUAAAAAUUGUUUAAGAAUAUUAAGAUAUUGUUUAUGCCUUAGAAUGAUUGUAGCAUUCUAUUUUAGUGAACGUGAUAAAAACAUUAUCAUAUAUAUUGUUUGUACAGUAUAUACAUAUCCUCUGCAAACACUGUGGUAUCCUUAAUCUUGGUAGUGCCUACCCUUCCAACAGGGGCAUGUAGGGGAUGUUAUUGGUUUUAGUUUUCAUUCUGUUGAUGACAUUAUUUUUUUAUUUGAUUUCAAUCCAACAAGGCCUCCAAAGUUGGACAGCGACACAGAAAACCAUUCCUCACCGUAACCGAGUAAAAAAAGGAACAACCAAGCAUCCAGUUAUGCUUCCAUGAUGCAUUUCCUCGUAAUCUGCCACAAUACAGAGGACCUAAGGCCAUUUGUAACCACUGUGUUGAACCUUGCUGUGUGUUGUGGCCUGAUGGAGGCAGCUAGAUUUUUUUGUACCCAAGUCAAGAGUACUUGAAGUUACUUUAUUUAAGAUAUUGUGGAAUAAAAGUAUCAUUCUUUUGUAGGAGCUUUAUUUUUCACUAGUGUGUGGCACGGACCUAUUAAAAAGGAUGUUUUUUAAUGUAA